GUAUUUUAUUCUGAGAAAUAAUAUUCUUUGCAAAAGAGUCCGUAGAAUCGCCCGGAUCUAAGAAGUGAGAAAAAGCGGGUAAAUCCAUUUCACUUUUCUUCUCACCAUCUACCCACUGUUGUCUUUGUUUCCCCUCUUUCCUUCCAAAAAUCAACUCCCCAAAUUUCUCUUAUGAAAUAAUUGGGCAACAAUUUAAUUAAAUCAAAAUAAUGAAGAUAAUCUACCUAUUAAUCUCAACUUUACUAUCAAUUUUCCUGAAAUUUCCAAUAGGUGUGAUAAACGGAAGAAAAAACAGGAAAAAUGCAGUUGGGUUUUUCCAUCCAUACACCAACGAUGGAGGUGGAGGAGAGAGAGUGUUAUGGUGCGCAGUUAAAGCCAUUCAAGAUGAAAGAUCAGACCUUGAUUGCGUAAUUUACACGGGUGAUCAUGAUGCUUCACCUCAGAGUCUUAUGGCUCGAGCCACUGAUCGUUUUGGGGUUCAUUUGGUUAACCCACCUAAGGUGGUGCAUCUAAACAAAAGGAAGUGGAUUGAGGAGACAACAUAUCCUCGCUUCACUAUGAUUGGUCAGAGUCUUGGUUCAGUCUACCUCUCUUGGGAAGCUCUGUGCAAGUUCACACCUAUGUAUUAUUUUGAUACUAGUGGUUAUGCUUUUACAUACCCACUGGCUAGGCUUUUUGGCUGCAAAGUUAUCAGCUAUACUCAUUAUCCAACCAUCAGUUCAGAUAUGAUCUCUCGGGUUCGUGCAAGGAGUGCUUUGUAUAAUAAUGAGGACUUAAUUGCCAAAAGUGUUUGGCUAUCACGGUGCAAGAUAAUUUACUAUUCAAUCUUCAGCUGGUUGUAUGGGCUUGUUGGCUCAUAUGCUCUCACAGUCAUGGUGAAUUCAUCCUGGACUCAAUCACAUAUUGUGAAACUUUGGAGAAUUCCUGAGCGUACUAAGAGGGUCUAUCCACCUUGUGAUACUUCGGGCCUGCAGGCUUUGCCUCUGGAAAGACCCACAGAUGUGCCGGCUAUAAUAUCAGUGGCUCAAUUUCGUCCUGAGAAGGCACAUCCUCUUCAACUCCAGGCAUUUGCAAAAGCCAUUAGUAAGUUGGAUGCAGGCUUGCCUAAGCCUAAGCUCCAGCUCGUGGGUAGUUGUCGCAAUGAGGCAGAUGAAGAUAGACUACAAAAGCUGAAAGAGAUGGCUGUUAAGCUGAAGGUGGAGAAUGAUGUGGAAUUCCACAAAAAUAUCCUAUACAAGGAUUUGGUGAAGCUUUUGGGAGCUGCCAUUGCUGGGAUCCAUACCAUGACUGAUGAGCAUUUUGGCAUAAGCGUCGUGGAAUUUAUGGCUGCCGGUGCAGUUCCAAUUGCCCACAAUUCAGCUGGUCCAAAGAUGGACAUUGUGUUGGAAGAAGAUGGACAUAAAACAGGAUUUCUUGCACAAUCUGAGGAUGAGUAUGCAGAAGCUGUUUUGGAAGUUUUGUCAAUGCCAGAGACAAAAAGACUUGAGAUGGCUGCCGCAGCAAGGAAGCGAGCAGGCAGAUUUUCAGAGCAGAGGUUUUACGAGGAUUUCAAAGCCUCUAUUCGACCAAUUUUAUGCCAAACUUCCUGAGUAAACAAAAUUAAUGAACCACGCAUAUGAGUUUUUGUUUCUUCUACCUAACACAGAUUCAGAUAGAGGAGUAAGCACUUCAUAGUUGGUGAAAUUAGUCUAAUCUUGAGUUAUAUAGGGGACAGCAGAUUUGUCUUACAGAAUAUGUUUUUAUAUCUCAUUACCAAGUGUUGUUAGCAAGUUUUGAUUUGGUUACAUGUCUAGUUUUUAUGGUUGAACGCUUUACAUGAAUUGGCACAGCCAUGAACCAAGAGUAUUGAUCACGAUUACAGAUUACUGCGUUAUUGUGAGUGUGGCUUUAUUGUUUUCAAAAGGAAAAAAAAAAA